AUGGCUGCUUUGGUGCAGACGCUGCCUCCUCAGACAACAACGGUCACAAUGCUAGGGCGGCCCUCUUCCUCUGGGGGCUAUCCCUCACAAGCCUCGCACAGCCAGAUGAGGAACCACCAGCAGCCGACUCGAUAUAACAUGCCAGCAACUGGCUAUAGGGGCGUGCCCGCCAGUGGCCCCAUCGCCCCUUAUGCCUUUACAUCUACACCGCAGUUGCCCUCCAUCAACACUCGUCCUCUCGCACUCAACUCUGGUAGAUCCAUCUCGUCCCCAAAAGCUCCUCACCCUGGUGCUUCCCCUUCCUCACAACCUACCUCACCAACGGGCCUUCCACGAAUCGAUGCUGGAAAUCGUCUCUCGCUAGGUCUGCCUAUCAUCACCUCUGGCCCCUUGAUGGCGCCUCCUCAAUCAAAUCCCACCUCAUCCAAGCCAUCUCCUGAUCGUUAUCGACGAACCGUUCGACGAAGCGAAGGGGAAAUCGGUCUGAACCGAGUUGCGGGGGGUUCUGCUUCGCCGUCAGGCUCAGGCAUGGCUGCCGUUGGCUCGCUCUACAAUCAUCCUCUCCAGUCCAACAGCACACCCUCGCUAAGCUCUAGCUCUCAACAAUCACACCGAAGUUCUACGUAUGGCAACGCCGUGCAGAACAAGAAAGCCAGUGCGGAUGAUAUUCAGUUAGCCCGACCGCAGCCACCCGAACUGGCUGCACGAUAUCGAAGACGCAGUUUUGGGAGCAUUCAAACGGCAGGCCUGAACCACUCAACCGAUCCUCAGGAAACGGCAUCACCUCAUCCAAACACGUUCCUUGCUUCGGCACAACCGACCCCAGCUUCGACAACGCCUGUUCAACGACCGAGUCACCACAGACAAACCUCGAGCUCGGACAGCAUCAAUUCCUCGAAAUCGACUCGAUCUUCCAGGCCUGGAUCGGUGAGUAUCUCGAAACGCUUUGGUUCACCUGUUUCUGACCAUUUGCAGGCUCAGUCCCCAGCAGCUGGUAGCCCGGCGUCCUCUCCAAAACAAGAACCCAGACUUGCGGCUCCUUCUCGACCCGGAGAUUCCAGCAUUCGGCAGCCAUCCCCCCUAUCCCGACCGGUCAACAUGACAAGCGACAACACCGAUGAAAACCGCCCAAUAGCACCGGCUUUGUUACCCCCGCCGGCAAUGUCCACAACCAGCUUGGCUGCCGAACAGCUCGCGGCCGUCAGCAAGAAGGAUGCCAAGAAAUCGAAAUCGAAGUUGCGGAGGGCCUUCUCAUUCGGCAGUGCGGCAGAGCUUAGGAAAGCAACUGCCCAACACAACCAUGAAAAGAGCGUGGCCAACAGAGAUGCGGCCACGACCUCCAAGAGGCACUCAAAAUAUGAAGAUGAGCUCGAGCCAGAGCAAGCUCGUAUUGCAGAGAAGCAAGAGGCCGCGGGAUUGGGCGAGAGCAUCUACUCGGGUCAAGGCAACUUCUUUACCGGCUCGACGGACAAUCUAUCGAUAUCCUCCACGGCUUCUUCAGCCUCGGUGAUGCUCCGUAAAAUGGGCAAAGGGGUGAAGAAAGGCACUCGAUCUCUUGUCGGUCUGUUCCGGCCCAAGUCUGUGGUCGGCGUGCCCGCAGCUGAUGCUCCUGUCAACGAAGCGAGCUUAGCUCAGGUGUCUAUGGUUACUGUCGAGGCGGAAAGAGAAAACGUCAACGUCAACGUCAAUCCUCGUGACCAACCAGGAGGUGGGACUGGUUUCCCCAAGCUGGAACAAAAUUCAGUCGACACAAAGCUCUCCUUUGAUAGCGGCACUGUAUCGAGUGAUACACGCUCGCGACGCAGUAUUGUUGGCACGGAAAAAGAACGUGCCGAGGUUCUUGCUGCCGUCAAGAAAGGAAUUCUCAAGCGGACAGACUCCAAUCAGCCAUCCCCGAAGGCGAAAGCCUACGACUUCAAGGUUCCCGAUUUCAACUUGCCACAAAUCCCGCACAUCAACGACUCACCUAAAUCCAGUGCGCCCAGCACUCCCGCCGACGACCCUCCUCGGUCUGGGCAUCGUCGGACAGACUCGAUUACAAUUCAAGAGAGCAAUGACCCUGAUGACUAUUUCACCAUGGAUAGAUUUGGCAGCCUAGACUCGAAGAAUACCCCCGAGACACCCCAGACCCUGAUUCGCAACAUUUCCUUCAGCCCUCGGAUUCAGUUCCACGACACUUGGCCGAGUGGGGAAUAUGAUCGCCGCGGCGAGAUAGCGACCUGCAAUCGGUUGACUCCGAUGCUCGCACAGCAGAUCAAGGAGGAACUCAACACCUUCAAGAUGGCAAGUACAUUCAUUGACGGAGGCGAGAUGGAGGUUCACGAGUCGUCCAAGGUCUAUACCCACUUUUUCUAG